CAGCAGAUCGGCUAAAAAAAAAAGAAGACGUGUCAGGUCAGCAUCUCGCCAGCGAUGUUGCCAGCUCAGGAAGCUGCCAAAAUCUACCACACCAACUAUGUCAGGAACUCCAGAGCCAUUGGCGUGCUGUGGGCCAUCUUCACCAUUUGCUUCGCUAUCGUCAACGUGGUGUGCUUCAUCCAGCCUUACUGGAUCGGCGAUGGCGUGGACACUCCGCAGGCUGGCUACUUCGGUCUCUUCCACUACUGCAUCGGUAACGGGCUGUCCAGGGAGCUGAGCUGCCGGGGCAGCUUCACCGACUUCUCCACCAUCCCCUCGGGCGCUUUCAAAGCCGCUUCCUUCUUCAUCGCCCUCUCCAUGACGCUCACCAUGGGCUGCAUCGCCUGCUUUGUCCUCUUCUUCUUCUGCAACACGGCCACCGUCUACAAGAUCUGCGGCUGGAUGCAGCUCACGUCAGGCGAGUUAACAGCAGCAACAUCAGUGCAAAACACACACACACACACACACACAUACAUACUCACACUGUUUGCUGUUUCUUCCUUUUAA